AUGACCUUCAUCCUCUGGUCGCAGCCCUCCGAGCCGAUGGUGCCCGUGUACGACUUGCUGAACAUCCGACUCCAGGCGUACGACUUUGCCGUGCUGGAACACUACGCCAAGUGGGUGCACCGCAUGCUGCGGGCCAUUAACGUCGACGUCGAGGACUGCUGGGCGACCCCCCACACGAGUGCUCGCGUCACCCGGCUGAAACCAAACACGGCCAUUGUGGAGACCUCCUACGAUCUGAAUCUCUACGAGAGGAACGUCCAGCUGCGUGACCUGCCUACAACCAUGGCACCAGUGGUGAUCGACUUGCUGCAGCACAGCACACCGCCGGGCGUCCAGGCGUGCCUGCAGCGCCACAAGAGCGAGUACGACGAGGUGCGCUAUGUGCCCGACCUGCAGCUCAAGGAGCUGAAACAGCAGCUGGCCGAGGUCGGCAUGGACCCCGACAAGCGGAAGAGGAGGGCGGCCCAGGAGGCGGCCGCCGCCGCCGCAGCGGCAGCAGCAGCGCCAGAGAAGAGCUAG